UGUGUGUGUGGACAGUGAAGUUAGUUUGUAGCCAGAGAGCUUUCGGUGUGACGCUGUAACGUUUUAAGCGGACCUGCUGAACGUUGCUUGUGUUUUCUUCGUUGUUGGUGUGUUUUGUGGAUGAAGUCAUGAGUGUUUACGGGUCCCAGAGGGGGCUGCAGUCUCUCACUCGGCGCCCCAGCAGCUCACGGAGCGACAUCGUAGUCACUAAUUAUCAGUUCGGCGGUAAUGGUUUCGGGCAGGAACACAAUGAGGACUACAACUACACCUUCUCCAGAGGAUCCAUGGGUGGAGGACAGGGCCCUCCCCGUCAUGUUAUCAUCUAUCAGAGAGCUUCUAUACUCCAGAGCCAAUGCCAAGAGUUCCUUCAAAAAGCAGAGUUUAUUUUACAAACGGACACAGAUAGAGUGCGGGCUGCAGCAGAAGCAGAUCACUGCAUGAUGUCUGCCAGAGACAUUAUUGAGCAGCUUAAAGGUUUUGCUCUGGAUCUUAUGAACAUGGGCCAGUCUAACGACAGUGUGCUGAUGAUUGUGGAGGAGUGCACAGAGCAUCUAAGAGCAGUCCACGCGGCUAUGGGCGGCUCUCUGCAGAGGAAGAGCCGAGGCAGCGCGGGCAGCAUGGGCUGGGAUGAGGCAGACAGAAACUUCCAAGAUGCCAUCGCAUGGAUCACCCAACAGAAGCGUCUGAUAGAGACAUCACCUUGGGGAGACGAUCCCGUCAUCAUAGAGCAGCAGAUAACGAAUCACAACAGAUUCCACAGCUCUAUCCAGAGAAGUGCGGAAGUGGAAAGAGCUCAGGCUGAACUAAGAGACAGAAGAGACAAGGGAAGCCUGCACAUGCUGGAGCAGGAAUGGGACAGCCUACAGAAAAUGUCGUUUGAACGUGGCGCUCAGUUGAACGAGCUUCAGAACAUCAUCACUGAGAUCACUCGAGAGCUCAUGUGGGUAAACGAUAGAGAAGAGGAGGAACUGAUGUUCGACUGGGGCAACAAAAACAUUGACGUCUACAUCCCCAAGAAGCAGGAGAGCUACUCGAGGUUAAUGAGUGACUUGGAGGAGAAAGAGAAACAUUUGAAUAAACUGAAAGUGAAAGUGGACAAUCUUCUGGCAAGCAACCACCCUGCAUCAGACAAAAUUGAGGCUUACAUGGAGACUCUCCAGACCCAGUGGAGCUGGCUUCUCCAAAUCACCAAAUGCAUUCAUGUGCAUCUAAAAGAGAACGCAACUUACAGUCAGUUCUUCACAGAAGCAAAUGAAAUAUAUACCAAACUACAGCAACAGCAUGAGGUCAUCCGCAAGAAUUUCACCUGUGACAAAAUAACGCCUCUGCCGAAAUUACAAGAACUGCUUAAAGGCCUAGAGAAAGAGCAGGAGUAUCUGACCGAGCACAAGCAACGGGUGCAGCAUCUGGUCAGUAGAUCUAAGAGUAUUGUGCGACUAAGACCAAGAAACCCAGAGGAGAGUAACAGCCCUGUCAAUGUACAGGCAUUGUGUGACUUCAGACAAGAUCAGAAGGUCAUCUGUAAAGGUGAUGUUGGCAUUCUAAAGGAUAACUCAGAGCGCAGUAAAUGGCUUGUAACUGGACCCGGGGGCCUGGAUAUGGAGGUGCCUUCUGUCUGCCUGCUAGUUCCUCCACCCAACCCACUGUCCAUCGGCCUCGCCAACAAGAAUGAGCAGUAUUAUGAGGCCCUUCAGGCAGUGUGGAACCAGCUCUUCAUCAACAUAAAGAGCCUCAUCUCCUGGCAGUACUGCCUGUACGACAUCAGCCGCAUCAACUCCCUCACAAUCUCCAUGCUGGCUCAAAUGCGUCCUGAGGAGUACCGCAGCAUGAUAAAGAGCUUGGACUCUCACUAUAAGGAGUACCAGAGAAACUGCUUGGGUUCUGAGAUGUUUGUAGACGAGGACAAGAGAGCCAUCGAGAACCAGUACAUCGGAGCCCAGAAACGCUACAAUCAGUUGAUCGUAGAGCUCCCAUCCUAUGGUGAGAACAUGUACAGUAUAAACUGCACUCAGGCUACUUUAAACUUUCGCAUUUUGCUUUAUUUAUUUUUUUUCCGUGUUUUUUUUUUUUCAGCCGGCCAGCAGGAGGUGGUCGUGGAUGCUUCCGUGAAUGUGCAGUCCUCACCGGUUCUCCACGGUGCAAAGGUUUCAUCUGGUGUAAACGUGCUCAGCGAGUUGCAUGCCCUGCAACUGAAGCUGGAAGCCAUGGAGUCUGCUGUCAUUACACACCAGCACAUCCCAGUGGGACAGGAUGCACCAGCACAAUGCACCAGUCUUAUCACUGGCACACAGGCAGUGGUGAAGGAAGUGGAGUCGCUCAGAGAAGAGUUUCAGAGCCUAAAAGAGCAAACGCUCACGGAACUAGUAGGAAUGAAAGACACGGAUAAAGCUCAGUACAUCCAAAGCCAACUCGACCUGAUCAGCCAGAGAUUGGACCGGCUGGGAUCUCACUCUCCCGCUUAUCUACUAAGGUUAAAGGCUCUGAAGUCUUUGCAUCAGACUGUACUGCAGGCAGAGGACGUGGUGAAGGUUUAUGAAGCUCGACUCACUGAGAGAGAGACGACGUCACUGGACCCGGCUGAAGUCCAAGAGUACCAGAGCACUCUUAGGCUUAUGAGGUCUGCUCUAGAUCAGAAAGAAGGUGUGUUGUGCUCACUGGAGGAAGAGUUAACUAAGGCUCGACAGUGCAACGAGCAAAUUGAUCAGAACCGUCACAGGUGUGACGUGGACCUUUGUUUGUACAGCGAGCAUGUAAAGCAGCUGUCAGACCGUUGGAAGCGCAUUAAGACGCAGAUUAACAGCAGAUUUGGGGAUCUGGACACAUACUUGCAGCAGCUAAAGCAUUACCUGAACUCAAGCUCCGCUCUCAGUGCCUGGAUCGGUGACACUAAAAGCCGUAUAGAUGCUCAGCUGACCACUAGGACAGAUGACCUCUCGGUCCUCAACAAACUCCUUAACCAACAGAAGGCACUGAAUUCGGAGAUAACAGGAAAGAGGGAGACUGUGGAAGCUGUACAGAGAGACGGUGACAUUUGUGUUAAUACAAUCAAGAACUACGAGCUUGGCUUGGCAUCUUACAGUGCUGGGCUAGAAACCCUACUCAACAUUCCCAUAAAGAGAACCAUGCUGCAGUCUCCAUCUACACUUGUGAUACAGGAGGUUUCUUCUUUGCAUGGUCGCUAUUUAGAGUUACUUACACUUUCAAGUGAUUAUUGCAAAUCUCUCGGAGACUCGCUGAAGAACUUGGAAGAGCUCAAGAUGCGGAACACCAAGAUAGAUUUGCUUGAAGAGGAGCUAAGGCUCUUGAGAGCAGACAUAGAGGACCGUGAUGCUAAGAAUGCUUCAAUGCGAGAGGCACUCUCACAGUACCAGCUUAAGCUGGACGAAUCUCAGGAGCACCUUCUUGCAUUGGAGGAGGUGAAGAGAAGCCAAGUUCUACAGUGCAGCACAGCGCAGGCGAACCUGAGCUCCUCUCAGAACCACCUACAUGAGCUCAUGGAGCAGCUGAACCGUCACAAAUUGCUUGUGGAGGAUGAGAAGAGAAAUAGAAGAAUUGUGGAGGAUAGGUAUAACAGUCAACAGGAAGAACACGAGGAAGCCAUGCGGAAAAGACUAAAAGAGUUGGAGGGGGCCAACUGGGCCAAAAUCGAGUUGGAGAAGGCGGUGUCCGAUCGGACACGGGAGAUCGAGCGUUUGCGGAGGCAGUUGGAGGCGGAGACACAGAACCUGAAACAGACACAGAUGGAGAUGGCUAAGGUAAGGCAGCAGCAUAGCACUGAAAUAAGAGAGGUCAAACAGACCUACGAGUCCCAGAUCCUCGUAACACAAACAAACAUACAGAAGCUCUCACAGCAGCGGAAGGAUGACUCCUUGACGAUGCAAAUGGAAUAUGACAGGGUAGAGGGGGAACGGAAGAAAUUGCAGGAGGAAUUGAGGAGGUUGCAGCUUGCUCUUAGUGAGGAACAGGCUCAAAGAAGGCACACCGAGGCAAUGCUUCAGCAACAGAUCACUGCAGGCACAGAAGAAGAAAGAAAACGGACUGAGCUGGAGGCUCAGAUACAGCUCCUUCUCAGUCAGCAGCGUGCAGAAGAAAGUAGAUGGAAGGAAGUGCAAGCCAACUCGACAAAGUCUCUGCAGGAGAAGAGCGGUCAGAUAUCCAGCCUCGAACAGUCACUUUAUGAUGAGGUGCAGAAGAGGAGAGCACUGGAGGCAGAGAAUGGCCAUCUGCAGAAGGAGCUAGCAGACCUCCAUGCUAAACAUACAACUUGUAGUCAGGAACUGAUCAAACUUCGUUCUUCACACCAAGAACUAAGUAUCCUCCGUAUGGAGGUGGAAACCCAAGGCAAUGAGCGAAACCGGGCAGAACAGAAUAUUGCACACCUUCAGACAAGGGUUCAAGAGCUCCAGGAAGAGCUGAAUCAAAUGGAUGGGCAGUUGAAUCAGCAAUUAAAAGCAGCCCAAGAGGAAGCUUCCAAGCGCAGGAAGACCGAAGCUCAGCUCGAGAAGACAAACCAAGCUAUGCGUGAGUACACCUCCACCAUCAACACUUUACGAAAGAGUCUGGAGGACGCUAGCAUGGAGGCCACGAAAUCUGAAGAAGAGCGCAAAAAGCUACAGGACGCUCUUGACCAUAAAACAAAAGAGCAGGGCACAUCCGGUCAGCGUCUAGCUACGCUGGAUGCUGAAAUGAAAGCUUUAAGGCUUCAGUUGGUUCAGGAGCAAGGUCGAGUUUCCGAGGCCAACCAGCGCUUUCAGGCUUUGCAAAGAAACAUGGAAGAGAAAACCAAAGCUCUGAACGAGAGCAUCGCUGAUACAGAGCGUAUGAAGAAGCUCACAGAGACACUCACCAAAGAGCGUCUCAGAAUAGAGGAGGAGUUACGGGCUGUGCGGCUUGAGCAUGACAAGCUGCUUCAAGGCAGGCAAGAUGAAGAUGAUGAGAUGAGCACCCAGAUGACAGCACUUCAGCAGCAGCUUCAAAACAGCCAACAUGCCCGCAUCGAGCAUGAUAAACUUAUCCAACAGCUCUCACAGGAGAGAGAGAAGCUUCGAUUGGAGAUACAGAAUAUCCAAAAACAAGCCAGUGAGACUUCAAGCAUGAUCCGGUCUUCCCAGUCUCAGUGCACCGAAUUACAACAAGAACGAGAUGCUCACAUACGGAAGAUAAAAACCCUUGAAGAAAAUCUAAGCCGAACGCAGAAAACUGAGGAAGAACUCAGAAACACAAAGCUGUCUCUAGAGACCGAACUGCGCCUUAAAAAGCAGCUGCAGGAAGAGAACGAGAGGCUCAGGAAGGAGUUUAGCACCUGGAAAAAACAACAUCACAGCCAGGAAGAACAUGUGCAGCAGCACAUCACAGUGCGCAAGGCACUAGAAGGAGAAUGUAACUCGUUGAAAACGCGUAUGGAGCAGGCGCAGUCCCAGCUGAAAGAAGUUGAAGAGCGCUACAAGCUCCAAGUGCAGGGAUUGGAGCGGGAGCGCAGUAACCUAGUUUCACUUAGAGAUACCUUGCAAGAAGAGGUCCUGAGACUAAGACAGAAAGUAAAUGGUGUAAAUAGGUACACACAGACAGAGUAUCUUGGCAUGUCUGUUGAUCCCUCCACUUUGGUCUUCGAUGGGGUUCGCAAAAAAGUCACAGCCCAACAGCUACACGAUUGUGGCGUUAUUGACAAAAAAACACUGGACCACUUGCUAAAGGGCCAUCAGACUGUCCAGGAUGUGUCUGUUAAUAUCAAGCUGAAUCUCAAAGGCACAGGAGCUAUUGCAGGAUUUGCCGGACCCACUGGAAAGUUAACAUUCACAGAGGCCAAGAAAGAUAAUCUUAUCUCAACAGACAGUGCAGUGAAACUGUUAGAGGCUCAAGCGGCAACGGGACAUAUACUUGAUCCCAGAGCAAAUUUAAGGAUGACUGUGGAAGAGGCUUGUCUUAAUGGACUUGUGGAUGAAGGGGAUAAAAAACAACUGCUGAUGGCAGAGGCUGCCUGCAUUGGGUAUAGAGAUUCAAACACAACCAAACUACUGUCAGUCAGCCAAGCCAUGAGAAAAGGAAUGAUAGAUCAAGAUACAGCUCUGCGUCUGCUGCAGGCACAGGAGGCUGCCGGAGGGAUUCUUGACCCUGUCCUUAGUGUAUAUCUCCCCAAGGAUAUCGCCAGGGACCGUAAUCUAAUUGAUGAGAAUCUUUAUCAAGCCCUGAAUGCGAAACCAAAUUGCUAUAUUGACCCUGUCACAAAUCAGAGUGCUAGCUAUGUCAGCCUGAAGAGGCAAUGCAAAGCUGACCCAAACACAAGCUUGCUCAUGCUACCAGCCCCCCUGGCACCAGUACAAGGUUUACGGGAAAAGGUAUCUCUGUCACAUCUGGUUGAGGCCAACCUGUUAGAGCCUUCAGACAUCGAUCAGCUAAAAGAAGGCAAACUGACUAGUCAAGACAUUGAGAACAGGCUUAGAGCCUAUCUGCAGGGAUCCACCUGCAUUGCUGGAGUCUAUGAUCAGGCGGACGCACGCAUUCUGCCUAUCUACCAAGCCAUGAAAGAAGGUCUCCUAAGGCCUGGCACCACACUGGAGCUUCUGGAGGCUCAGGCAGCUUCAGGCUUCAUUAUUGAUCCUAUCAACAACCAGUACUACACUGUGGAGGAGGCUUGUAAGAAAGGUCUCAUUGGUGUGGAGUUCAAAGAUAAGCUCCUUUCAGCUGAGAGAGCGGUCACUGGAUAUAAAGAUCCCGGGAGUGAAAAGAUCCUCUCCCUUUUUCAGGCAAUUGAGAGAGGUCUGAUUGAAAAAGGCCAUGGUAUUCGCCUACUGGAGGCUCAGAUAGCCAGUGGUGGCAUCAUUGAUCCCAAACAAAGUCACAGAAUUGAUGUGGAUGUUGCCUAUAAGAAAGGCUACUUUGGUGAAGAGAUGAAUCAGAUUUUAAAAGAUGAGGGAGAUGACACCAAGGGAUUUUUUGAUCCAAACACUCAGGACAAUCUCACCUAUCUGCAGUUAAAGAGUCGUUGCAUCACCGAUGAAAAAACUGGCCUCGUGCUUCUGCCACUUCAUGAUAAAAGCAAAAUAUCAACACAAAAGAACACAACAAGGAAGACAAGGGUUGUUAUUGUAGAUCCAGACACCAAUAAGGAAAUGACGGUACAUGAAGCCUUUCAGAAAGGGUUGAUCGACUAUGAAACUUAUGCGGAGCUUUCCAAGCAGGAAAGCGAGUGGGAGGAAAUAACCGUCACUGAUUCAGAUGGUACCAGUAAACUGGUCAUCAGUGAUCGGAAGACAGGCCUACAGUACGACUUGAAAGAUCUGCUCGAUAAGGGUGUAAUCAACAAUGACAACUUGAAUGAGUAUCGUUCGGGGAAUAUUACUCUUGUGCAGUUUGUUGACACAAUCACCACUAAAACCAUGGCCAUGAACAUGCCCCUUAGCACUUCGUCAUCCUCAUUGUCAUCCAAAACGGUCAAAAGAGAAAGCAUCACCUCUGUUGAAACUCCCACCUCACCAAACACCAAACGUAUUGCCAGCAUGUCAAUUAGUCUGACAUCAUCUGGAGAGCUGAUAGAUGAGCAGAGUCCAGUGGGAGCCAUUUUUGACACAGAGAAGUCAGAGAAGAUGAGUAUAUUUAAAGCAAUGAAGCGUGGCCUUGUAGACUCUAUUACAGCACAACGGCUGCUAGAGGCACAAGCCUGCACUGGUGGUAUUGUAAACCCGGAAAAUGGCCGUCGCAUCUCCAUUCAAGAAGCUACCCGCAAUGGCAUAAUUGAUGAUGAUAUGGUUAAUCGGCUGAAGCCUGCACAGAAGGCCUACAUUGGCUUUGAGGAUGUAAAAACCAAGAAGAAAUUGUCAGCAGCUGAGGCAGUAAAAGAAAAAUGGUUACCGUUUGAGGCUGGACAGCGUUUCCUUGAGUUCCAGUUUUUAACAGGAGGCCUCUUCGAUCCAGAGCACGGCCAUAGACGGACGCUUAACGAAGCUGUACGCAUGGGUUGGUUGGAUGGAAGAGCAUCCACGAAGCUCAUGGACACUCGUCACCACCCCAAGAUGCUGACCUGCCCUAAGACAAAGUUGAGGAUAACAUACAAGGAGGCCAUGGAUGCCUGUAUGUUGGAAGAUAAAACAGGAGUGCGCAUGCUUCCUGCAGCCUCUUCAUCAUCACGUGGAAUCAGCAGCCCUUACAAUUCAAACCCAAGCUCUGCUCCAGGCUCUCGGACUGGAUCCCGCAGGAGCAGCGUGGAUCAAACUUAUUCCAACUCAUCCAGUAACAGAUACAGCAGUUUCAGCUACAGUAGCACCUCAUUCAGCAGCAGGUCUCUAUCAUAGAUGCAGUUUAUUUUAUUCUAUAAAAAAAAUAUAUAGCUCAAUUGGUAUUCAUUUAGAAAAGUAGAUGACCUAUGACCUGAUAGCUAAAUGUUAAAUUUAAAAAGCAAACUACUUUAAAAACACCAAGUUCUUGUUUUUGAUUAAUAUUCACAAAAGUAUUUUAAAAUGUUGACUUUUUAUACUGAGCGCCUUGUCUGAAUUAAAAAUAUCAGUAUCAUAAGUUUAAAAAUCUAAUUUUGUUUAAAAGCAUAUCAGUUAGUGUAGUUGCUAUGUUACUAUAGAUGGGUAAAAGUGUAGGUUUGGGGAUGAUUUGAAAAGUACAAGAUGCAGUAUGCUAAGGUUGCUGUAAUGUCAGACAAGUAAUUCAGAACGUUUUUAAUAAUGCUGAUAAUUAGUUCCAUUUUGCCUAUUACUUUUUAAUGCUUUUACUUUUCUCAUCACAUAAACCUAACAUUUGUUUAAGCAUUUGUUUUGUUUAGCAUUUGUCCAUUGUUCACUAUCUUCUUAACAAAGAUGCUAACUGAUCUGGUGCCUUAAAAUAAAGGUUCUUUACCACC